AUGAUGAGGCGCGCGGAGCUGGAGGCAUUGGGCAGCGGCGAGCUGCAGCAGCUCAUCACCGAGGCCGUGGCGGUGCUGGCGCAGCGCGCCUUGAGCGCCAGCGGCGCGCCCGCGCCGAGGCCCCCCGCUGGCGCGCCAGCGCUGUUCUCCUUCGGUGCCUCCAGCGCCGCGGACAGCCCGCCGCCCUCCAUUCGGCGGCGAGGCCCAGGGGGGAAGCCGGCCAUCUCCUUCAGCUCGCCCGCGGCCUCGGCGCCCCAGUCCGGCGGGCUGUUCUCCCUCGGGGCGGCCGGCGGCGCGGCGCCGGUGCCGUCGAUCUUCAGCUUCAGCGCGGGGUCCGCUGGAGGCGGAGGCACCAGCGGCAGCCUCUUCGCGCCGCCCGCGCGGGGGGGCGGCGGCGAGCAGGAGGAGGAGGACGGCGCAGGCGAUGACGACGCGGCGGAGGCGGAGGAGGAGGUGUCUGUCGUGCCCGGGUGGACGCCGUCGAUCACCCUGGAGGUCGUGGACGGCGUCACGACCGGCGAGGAGCGGGAGGAGCAGCUGUACUGCCAGCGCUCGAAGCUGUACAGGUGGAAGGAUCGACGGCGAGUGGAAGGAGCGGGGGCUGGGGGACGCCCGGCUGCUCAAGGACGGACCGCUGGGCGGGUCCGCUUCCUCAUGCGCAGGAGAAGACGGGGAAGCUCGUCGCUAACCACUACUGCGACUGCGACCUGA